UUGCUUGCUGGACAGCUGCAAGACUGAGGCUGGAGCCGGCCUGGGGUUGCCUGGAAGGAGAGAAGCCCAGUCUAGAACAUUGUAAUUCGUGGCCACAGUUUUCUAUAGGAAAAAACAUCUGUGAGCAAUCGCCCAAUAUGAAAAUAGAGAGGCAAGACACCACAGUAGGGGAGUCACCAGAGGGCAUAGCAAAAUCUCCCGUCCUCCAGGACAGGAGUAUUGGGAAAUUCCCACAGAGGAUACCAGAAGAUCCAGUGAAUCAGCAAGGAGGAGAGAGUUCCCUUUCCCUUGAGCGGUGGGAAGCCCAGUGGCAGGAGUACCUCAGGACAGUGGAAAACCCUCAGUCUGGAUGGGGAAUCUCAACCUUCCCAGAGAGACCCUCAUCCUGGCAGGAUGCCAAGGCCUUUCUGGCCUCCUUUGAGCAAGUGGCUGAAGCCUGUCAGUGGCGCAAGGAAGAGUGGGUGACCCGACUCCUGCCAGCCCUCAGUGGAGAAGCUGAAAAGGCCUUUAACAGGCUGGAUGUCAGAGACAGAGAGGAUUAUGGGAAGGUGAAGGCAGCCAUCUUGCAAGGGGACGCCCUGACCUGGGAGAAGCAGCAUGAAGAGUUCAGGCGUUUCUGCUACCAGGAGGCCGAGGGGCCACGAGGGGCUUACAGCCGACUUCGGGAAAUGUGCCGUGGGUGGCUGAAAGUGGAGAAUCACAGAAAGGAGCAGAUUGUGGAUCUCUGGAUCCUGGAGCAGCUGCUGACCGUCCUGCCUCCGGAAAUCCAGAGCCGGGUGAGGGAAAGUGGCCCUGAGAGCUGCUCCCAGGCAGUGGCCCUGGCCGAGGAAUUCUUGUUAAGGCAGCGAGAGGCCAAUUGGCAAGAAACGCAGAUGCUGUUGGAGGAGGCACCUGGGAGCGUCUCUGAGGUGGGCCAGGAUCCAUCUGAGAUGAAGUGGAGGCAACUUUCAGUGGACAUCAAGGAAGAGGCGGAUGGAGAGGCUAGCCUGCAGGCAGGAGAGGUAGAGGAGACUGUUGGGGAAUUCCUGGGAUUCUCAUCAGAUAAAGUCAAGAAUGAAGAGGUUGAAGAAAACUUCAGGGAUCAAGAUGGACCACAGAGGCAGCAGGGAAGCCAUGUAGAGACAAUGAGGGAUAAAUCCAUUCCUUGCCAAGGAGGGGUCUUCCAUGAAGACCCAGUCCAGGAAGAAGUAUCUGCCAAAAAAAGAAGGAAGAAAAGCCUCCAUGCUGACCAGGGAAAUGAAAAUGACAGUGUGGUGUUCGGAAAGACCUUCAUUCAGAGCACAGAUAUUAACUCCCAGGAGCACGUUCGCUCAGGAGACAAUCUGCAUAAUUGUUUCGAGUGUGGAAAGAGCUUCAUUCAGAAAGCAGCCCUUACUUUGCAUCAAAGAAUGCACUCAGAGGAUAAUUUGGAAAAUUGGGAGGAUGAGGAACUGCUUCAGCUAUCUCCAGAUAAACCGAAGAAUCAAGAAGUGGAAGGAAACUUCAGGAAUCGAGAUGUUCCAAAGACACAGAAAGGAAGCCACAUGGUUGAGAGAGAUAAAUCCAUUCCUUGCCAAGGAGGGGAUAGCAGUGAAGUAAUUCACAUGGUGGAGGAAACGUAUGAAUGCCUGCAGUGUGGAAUGAACUUCUCAGAUCAAAACCAUUAUAACACCUGUUUGCAAACGCACACUGGAAAAAAGGCUCAUAAAUGUUUGGACUGUGGAAGGAACUUCCUUCGUAGAGCAGAGCUCCUUAAGCAUCAAAAAACCCAUGGCAGAGAGAAAUUGUAUAGCUGCUCAGACUGUGGCAAGAGCUUCUCACAGAAAGUAAGCCUUAUUACACACCAAAGGAUUCAUUCAGGAGGGAGGCCAUUUGUCAGCUCAGAGAGUGGUAAUGUAAAUCUUCCAAGGCAUAGCAGAUGGAACGCACAUGAAUGCUUGGAGUGUGGAAAGUGCUUCAGAUGCAGGUCAGUGCUCCUUGAGCAUCUAAGAACACACACAGAGGAGAAACCGUUUGAAUGCUCAGAGUGUGGAAAGUACUUCAAGUGGAGUGCCAGCCUUCAACGGCAUUUAAGAUCCCACACAGGUGAGAAACCUUUUGAAUGCUCAGAGUGUGGAAAGAAAUUCAGUCAGAGUUGCAUUCUUCAACAGCAUCUAAGAACCCACACAGGGGAGAAACCUUUUGAAUGCUCAGAGUGUGGAAAGAGAUUCACUAGGAGUUUCAGUCUUCAACAGCAUCAAAGAACCCACACAGAGGAGAAACCUUUUGAAUGCCCAGAGUGUGAAGAGAAGUUCAGGUGGAGUUACCAUCUUCUACGACAUCAAAGAACUCAUGCAGGGGAGCAAACGUUUGAAUGCUCAGAGUGUGGAAAGAACUUCAGCCGGCGUCAUGCUCUUCAACGGCAUCAGAGAAUCCACACAGGUGAGAAACCUAUUGAAUGCUCAGAGUGUGGCAUGAGCUUCAACUGGAGUGGCGCUCUUCAACGGCAUUUAAGAACCCACACAGGGGAGAAACCUUUUGAAUGUUUAGAGUGUGGAAAGAAAUUCAGUCGGAGUUGCCAUCUUCAGCAGCAUCAAAGAGUCCACACAGGCGAGAAACCUUACGAAUGCUUGGAGUGUGGAAGGAGCUUCAGCUGGCGUCAUGCUUUUCAACGCCAUCAGAGAAUCCAUAAGGGAAGAAACCUUUUGAAAGAUUAGUGUGUGGAAAAAGAUUCAAUCAGAGCUGCCAUCUUCAACAGCUUCAAAGAAUCCACAUGAGGAGAAAUCUCAUAGCUACUCAGCUUGUGGCUAAAGCUUCUCUCCUAUUUCACACCUUAAAGGAACAACAGAUCCCACACAGGGUUGAAACUAUAUAAACUCUUGAAAAGAACUUGUAUCUGCACAGAAACCUGGCUGUAACCAUGGGGGGUGGGAUUCAAAGCAGGAAAAAGGAUAUAACUGCUUAGAUUGUGGAAACAGCUUUAGCCAUGACUGAAGCCUCAAAUAUAUUUCAUAAGGAAGAAAGCAAAGAUGUGCUCUGAGGUUGAAGUAGCUUCAGGAUUUGCUCUGCCCUCUUAACCAUCAAGGAAUCCACACGGGGAGAAACCUCGUAAACACUCGGUGUGUGACAAGACCUUGAGGCAAAGAUCAAACCUUCAUGUUCCUCAGACUAUCCACCAAAGGGUAGAAAUUUCCCCUUCAACCACACAGUAGCUGGUUCCAAACAGGCUUUUCUUCAACUGGCCAGGCUUUGAGGGCUCAGAAAGUAGUUACAUGAAGAAAGGCCUUUUUAGUGGCUGCCUUUCUUUGUGCUUCAGGAUAUAGGCCAAUCUAACUCUGACAUUUGGAAAACUGGCGAAAGCAUUUUCCAAAUCCUGCAAAGAAAUAGACAAGUUGAGGAGAGAAGAUAUCUCCAGCCUGGUUUGAGACUGGCAUAAGACAGUGUGUAAUUCAGACUGCGAGUUUUCUUUUCUGUGCUUUGUGGGGGUUUUAUUAAUUGGACUUUAAUUAAAUAUUUAAAAUGUGUGUCCG